UUAAGAGCAUAAUUGAUAAGAAGCAAAUAGCAAUACUUAACCAAAGAAUACAUUAAAUUCAAUUUAUUCUGAGCUUGAAUUACGAUUUACGAAGUUUUCAAUAUGCAUUUGAGUCAUACACUUUAUACUUUUACAGUUUAUACUUAAUAAUAAUGUGGCGGAAUACUUAUUACACAUGUGCAGUAGCUGAGAGACAUUAGGUUUAAAUCAUUUAUCGACAUUAUUUUAUAGACUGUAUUAUCCAUUAGUCGGAUUAUUUGUUGAAAAUGGCACUUUACUGCGAAAAUCAACAAAAAGAACUACCGAUUAUAAGUAAUGUUUAUUCUGUUUUUAACUCUACACAAACCAGUAAUGUACAAUCCAGAAAUGUAUCAAAUCUUUGCCCGAUUUCAAAUAUACGUACUGAGAAUAAAACGUCGGAACCAAAAAGGAAAUUAUUCCAAAUUCCUAACCAUAUAUUAUUGACAGAGAAUAAUGGAAAUGUUAAGUACAACUGUACAAUAUGUAAAACGGUUUUUAAAUCGAAAAAAAAUUGUUUUUACCAUCUAACUUGCAAUGGCACAGGAGUAAAAAAAUCACUUAUUUGUCCUCAGUGUAAUAAGGUUUUUAAAAUUCAAUCGCACCUCGAUUAUCAUGUUUUAACACACUCAGGUAUAAGGCCUUAUAAAUGUACUAACUGUGAUAAAUGUUUUUUUACAAAAUCUAAGAUGAUUGAACACCAAGUUGUACAUUCAGUACGCUCCCAUUUUUGUGCAUUAUGUAGUAAAGGAUUUAAAAGAAAACGAUCUCUAGAAGUUCAUAUGGAAUCCCAUGUUAUAGAGAAACCGUUCCAGUGUACAACAUGUUUAAGAUUUUUUAAAAAUAAACAAUGCUUAAAAAAACAUCACAUAAGAAAACAUUCUGGGACAAAAGCUUAUUCUUGUGAUGUUUGCAACCGCAAAUUUAGUUUAAAGGAUGCUCUUGUAUCACAUGAAAAAACACACACCUGUUCAACUCAAUUUGCUUGUUAUUUAUGCAAUCAGCGCUUUAGAGAAAAACGAUAUCUACAAAGACAUCUUAGCACACACAAUAAAAAUAAUGUGAUGAACUGUCCAAUGUGUAUGAAAGAAUUUACUCGCAAGGAUAAUUUAGAUAGACAUGUGCGAAAUACACAUUUGGAGUCUGAAAAUGAAUGUAAUCCGGAUUACACCAUUCGAGCGUCGGUUAUUAAAGUUGUGAAUAAAAUAGAAUCAUGUGCAGUUAAAGUUAUUCAACAUACAUAAUGUUUUUUUUGUGAUUUUUGAAUUUUGCAAUGUUAAAAAAACAAUUUAGUAAUAGAAAAUAAUAAAUUAGUCUAUAUCCAA